GCAAUGAGAGGGAAGGGAGAGAGAGGACUAGUCGGCUACAGUUAGCAGCGAGAAGAGAGAAGUAGAAUACUGAUGUGAGAACAAGAAACGUGAACCGUCGGAUGAAAGCAUUCACAACAUAAAAAAACCGGUUGGGUUGGGUUCUUAUCCACGCCAGUGUCAUAGUUUAGUUUUCUCGCAGACAAAAACGCCACCCCACGCUCUUCCAUUAUGGAAGGUGCAUCAGUACCUAAGAUUUUCAUCACUAAUAGAUUUAUCUUCCUCUAAAACCACCAUCACAAAAAACAGAAAAGCACUCCAUCCUCCAUAAAAUAAAACAAAAAACGAGAAAACCUCUUUUUUUUUUUUUUUAUUCUUUUCUUGUUUCUGGACAAUGCUAUCAAGAUCUUGCUUGGGGCUAUUGAAUUUGGUAUCAGUGGAUGAUUACCACGCGCUGGCUAGUCGCGCUCCGCGGCUGGUGAAUACGGCGGCCGGAGACUUGCCGGAGUUAGACAUCGACGGCAUGGAGAAUUCAGGAUCCGACGACGCCGUUGCGCCGGCGCCGCUCGAGCGGAGGAUCGUGGUCGCGAAUCAGUUACCGAUACGCGCGUUUCGCGAGGGGAAGAAAUGGAGGUUCGAGUGGGACAGAGACAGCCUCGUCCUUCAGCUCAAAGACGGAUUUCCUUCCGACGUGGAAGUGUUGUACGUCGGUUCGCUUAAAGCAGAGAUCGAACCCUGCAAACAAGAAGAAGUCGCUCAGUUACUCCUCGAAAAGUUCCGCUGCGUCCCAACGUUUAUUCCUUCAGAAGUUCACAACAAAUUCUACCAUGGUUUUUGCAAGCAUUACCUGUGGCCUCUUUUCCACUACAUGCUACCCAUGUCGCCGAGCCAAGGCGCGCGUUUCGACCGCGAGCAGUGGAAGGCUUACGUGCUCGCGAACAGGAUCUUUGCCGACAAGGUCACCGAGGUUAUCAACCCGGACGAGGAUUAUGUCUGGAUUCACGAUUACCACCUCAUGAUACUACCCACUUUCCUCCGGAAGCGGUUCCACCGCGUGAAGCUGGGGUUCUUCUUGCACAACACGUUUCCCUCCUCGGAGAUAUACCGGACUCUGCCCGUGCGCGAGGACAUUCUCCGCGCGUUUUUGAACUGCGACUUGAUUGGGUUCCAUACAUUCGACUAUGCGCGCCAUUUUUUGUCGUGUUGUAGUAGGAUGUUGGGGCUGGAUUACGAGUCCAAGAGGGGUUACAUUGGUUUGGAUUACUACGGUCGCACCGUGACGGUUAAGAUCCUCCCCGCGGGAAUUCACAUGGGGCUCUUGGAGUCGGUGUUGUCGUUGCCGCAGACGGCGUUAAGGGUGAAAGAAUUAAAGGAGGAGUAUGAAGGAAAGAUUGUGAUAUUGGGAGUGGAUGACAUGGACUUGUUCAAAGGUAUUAGUUUAAAGUUCUUAGCUUUGGGUAAGCUUCUGGAAGUGGAUGAGAGUUUACGGGGUCGUGUGGUGUUGGUUCAGAUUCUGAACGCGGCGAGGAGCAAAGGGAAGGACAUUCAGGACGUGAAGAACGAGAGCGAGGCCAUUGCGAGGGAGAUAAAUGAGAAAUAUUCACAACCGGGUUACCAGCCCAUUGUUUACAUCAAUGGACCAAUCUCCACGCAGGAGAAGGCUGCGUAUUACGCUGUUUCUGAGUGUUGCGUUGUGAAUGCGGUGAGGGAUGGGAUGAAUUUGGUGCCUUAUGAGUACACUGUUUGUAGGCAGGGGAGUGUUGCGUUGGACAAGGCUCUUGGCGUUGAAGGUGAGGAUAAGAAAGCUCCUAAGCAGAGCGUUAUCAUUGUGUCUGAGUUCAUUGGGUGUUCCCCUUCGCUCAGUGGAGCCAUCAGGGUGAAUCCGUGGAACAUUGAUGAUGUCGCUGAGGCUAUGAAUUCGGCUGUUACAAUGUCGGAGGCAGAGAAGCAUCUGCGCCACGAGAAGCAUUACAAGUACAUAAGCUCUCAUGAUGUGGCGUACUGGGCUAGGAGUUUUGAUCAGGACUUAGAUAGAGCUUGUAGGGAGCAUUACUCUAAGAGGUAUUGGGGUGUUGGAUUGGGUUUGGGGUUUAGAAUUGUUGCUUUGGAUCCUACCUUUAGGAAGCUCUCUGUGGAUCACAUUGCCUCAGCAUAUAGAGAUACACACAGUCGAUUGAUCCUUUUGGACUACGAUGGCACAAUGAUGCCGCAGGCAACAAUAAACAAGACUCCAAGCAGGGAAGUUAUUGCUGUCUUGAAUUAUUUAUGCAGUGAUCCUGAAAACAUGGUGUUCAUUGUGAGCGGCAGGGAUAAGGAUUGCUUGGGCAAGUGGUUUUCUCCGUGUGAGAAAUUGGGUCUCUCUGCUGAGCACGGUUACUUCACUAGGUGGAGCAAGGAUUCUCCUUGGGAGACUUGCGGAUUGGCGACUGAUUUUGAAUGGAAAAUGAUUGCCGAACCUGUGAUGUCGCUUUAUACAGAAGCAACUGAUGGUUCCUUCAUUGAACAUAAGGAAAGCGCAAUGGUUUGGCACCAUCAAGAAGCGGAUCCUUAUUUUGGAUCAUGCCAAGCUAAAGAGCUUCUUGAUCAUCUGGAGAGUGUGCUUGCCAAUGAGCCAGUAGUGGUUAUAAGAGGACAACAUAUAGUUGAAGUUAAACCUCAGGGUGUGAGCAAGGGUAAAGUGGUGGAAGACCUUAUCUCAAUCAUGCGAAGUAAGGGGAAGUCACCAGAUUUUCUACUGUGCAUAGGAGAUGAUCGCUCAGAUGAAGAUAUGUUUGAAAGCAUUGCUCGUUCAGCAUCUAAUCCAGCUCUUCCCACCAUACCAAAAGUGUUUGCUUGCACUGUUGGACAGAAACCAAGUAUGGCUGAAUACUAUUUGGAUGAUACUAGCGAAGUAAUGAAGUUACUUGAAGGACUUGCAACCGCUUCAGCACCAUCUGCGUCCAUAGCUUCUCAGGAAUUGUGAGGAACAUUAUAGAAACUGACACAGAAAAACAAUCUUGUACAGAAUGAUACUUUCAUAGCUGGAUUUUAAAAGGUCUAUAUUUAGAAAUUUACAGAUUAGCUGAUUCAUGUUCUUCAUAACUUGCAGUAAAAAAAUUCUUUUUUUUUUAUGACAAGGAUUAUGACUUUCUGCACCGUUCAAUGAAAACAUGCGUAACAGCAAUCUUUCAACAAUAAAAUAAGGUUUGAGGAGGAGACAACUAAGUUUCUUGAUAAAGAUCAAAAUGGGUUGGUGGAUUAGGUCUUGGGCAGUGUCUGUCAAUUUUACGAAUUAAAUUACCAUUACUCUA